AUGGGCAGAGGCUUUGCUGGGCAGCGGCGCGGCAACGACCAGGAUCGGAAGAGGCUCUCGCUAGACCGGGUACCUGCUCGGAGGGUGCGGACAAGCCCCGCCGAGGCCCGGGUGGGUGCGGUAGGAGAGCUUGUCGGCGCGCCCAAGGUCAGCCACCACAGCCCUACUGCAAAACACCACUGCGCAGGCACGUCAUCCGCUGCCCUCGCCAUCGCCCAAGCCAACGCCUCCGCCAUCUUGUUCCCGCACAACGCGGGGGAAGGCCACAUGCACAGGUCUCCUACUUCCCUCGUCGCAUGCCCUCUGGGGCACUGGCCCCGACAAACCCAGUGCAGUGCCGCCGUUUGGUCCCAAGCACGUCCCAGCAUUUCCACCCACACACGUAAAAAGAUGAAAAUUUUACGUCAACUGCGACGCGCCAUGUGGAACCUCGUCGUCCCCAACGCCACUAGAUGCUCCCCUGCCAAUCGCACGUACCAUGGACCGGUUCCAUACACUGCCUUAACCCGACGACCGCUAACCUUGUCCAUCGCUUGCUCUCGGUCAACUUCGGUCGCCCGCCAUCUUGGGAGCGCGCGGGGGAGCCACCAUUUGGAACAUUCUAUUACACAUUCACGACGGUCGCAGAGAUAA